UGCAACGUAACGGAUGCCUGCUGCAGUAAACCCCAAAGGAAGAAGAAGAAGAAGAAGAAGAAGUGUUAUUUAUCGUGGAAAUGAGCUUGAAGAGGAUUAUUUUGUUUAACUGCCGCAGUACUGCUUUAAUUUUAAUCGGAUGUUUUACAGUUUUCGUCAUUUGGAAGUUAAAGGAGAGGAUGUCUGACCAGACGCUGGAGUAUUUCUUAAAUCGGGGUCGAAUAAAGAAGAGGGAUGCUGCCGAGGUCAGAUGGUCGCACGCUGUCAACAGCAGGAGCAGGCUGACAGAGGCUCUCACAGGUCCCAGUCAUAUGAUUGAGGCGGAUGUAAUCAUCAGAGGUCGUGACCCCAAAGAGCCAAUCAUGGCACAUCCCCCUGACACAGACAGUGACAUCACACUGAAAGAGUGGCUGCAAGGAGUGAAAGAUUACGACAAGGGAAUUAAACUAGAUUUCAAGAGCCUGGAGGCGGUGUCUCCAUCUGUCAUUUUGCUGGAGGAGGUGCUGGCUCAGCAGCAUCGUCCUGUGUGGAUUAAUGCGGAUAUCCUCGCUGGUCCUGAGGGACAGGCCAAUCCUCUGGAUCCACAGGCUUUCCUUUCUUCUGUGAAAACUCUUCCUGCUUACACUGUGCUUUCACUUGGGUGGACAACGGGAUGGACUGCUGGGACAGAUAAUGCAGGUUACACCUGGGAUAUGGUGUGUGUGAUGGAGGAGAUAUGUAGAGCUCUUAACCAUCCAGUCACCUUCCCAGUGCGUGCAGUUCUCCUGGCCCAGUCGUUCUCUCAGCUCUCAUGGCUGCUCCAACAGUCGGACAGGUGA